AAAUUUUGGAUAUUUUUUGAAAUGAUUUUAUUCUUGUCUUACAUUUCAUUCUGUAUUUGUUUAUAGUAAUACUAUUAAUGUUUUAGAGUAACAUAUUAAACUUGUAGCGAUAUUGUCACCAAUUGUUAACUAUUAUAUUUUUAAAUGAAUCAACCAUUAGUAUUAUAUAGUGUACCACCUUCUAACUUAUUACCAUGAUUAUUAUGGUUAUUUUCGUUACAUUAUACAUGUGGAUUAUUCAAUUUGGAUUUCAACCUGACAUUACAAUUUAUCGCGAAUUGAAAUUUUUUAAUCUCAAAGAUUUCAAUUCAAUAUUUGACUGAAUUUUUAACUUGUGAGGUCUUUUUAAGACUAACCAUUAUUAUGAUGGAUCGUAGUGGAAAUGAUAUUAAUAUGACUGGAGACAGCGAUCUAGAUGAUGAUGGCUGUUUAUCAUCUGAUGACUGUGAUGGGGACUCCAACCAGAGUAAAAGUGAUUUGAUGUCUGCGGCAAUGGGAGAUGAUGUGACUGCACAGCUUGCUGCAGCAGAAAAACGCAAUAGCGGAUCGUCGAACACUAGGGGUCUUUGUUAUGGUUUGUGUCGAUCAGGACCCGUUGGAAUGGCUGCUGCUGCUGCAAUUGUGUCAUCAAAAAAGCGAAAAAGGCCACAUUCAUUUGAGACCAAUCCAUCCAUUCGAAAACGACAGCACAACCGGUUACUACGUAAACUCAAAGUUACCAUUGAUGAGUUUGCUACCAGAGUUGGUCAACAAGCAAUCGUUUUAGUAGCGACUCCUGGGAAGGAAACCACGGGUUUUAAAUGCUUUGGUGCAAAACCCUUAGAAGAUGUUGUAAAAAAUUUACGUGCCACUAUUAUGGACCAACUGGAUACUGCAUUAGCACAACAUGCACCACCACCUAUUCCAGAUGACCCCACUCUAUAUGAGCUGCCACCACUUAUUUUAGAUGGAAUUCCAACUCCUGUCGAAAAAAUGACCCAGGCUCAAUUAAGAGCUUUUAUACCUUUAAUGUUGAAAUAUUCCACCGGUAGAGGGAAACCUGGUUGGGGCAGAGAAAGUACCAGACCACCUUGGUGGCCUAAUGAAUUACCUUGGGCAAAUGUGAGGAUGGAUGCUCGAUGUGAGGACGAGAAACAAAAAAUUUCUUGGACAAGAGCAUUACGACAGAUUGUUAUAAACUGUUAUAAAUACCAUGGCCGAGAAGAUUUAUUGCCUACAUUUAGUGAAGAAGAUGAGGCAAAAACAAUUGUUAAUAAUGUUGCAAGUCAAUCAAUUGUUACUUCUGUGCUCAAAUUCAAUCCUAAAGCAACUAGUAUUGAAGCUCGAAAUUCGCCAGAUGCACAGGAACAACAACAACAACAACAACAACUAACCCAGGUACAGUAUUCUCCGGCGUUCCUGCAUUCUAUUAGUAAUGUUGAUGGGUCAAUGUCCAUAUUUCAUGUUGAUCCAAAUAACCCAAUUAUUACGUUACCUGAUGGAACUCAAGCCCAUGUUCAAGGAGUUAUAAAUGCUUCCCAAGGACCAAAUGGCCACACAGUUCAUUCUGUUCAUACCCUUGGCGAAGGCCAAAAUCAAGAUGGUGUUACUGUAGAUAUAUUAAAUAAUGUACCUGAAGCCACAUUGAAUCAAGAAGGUCAAAUAAUUAUUACUGGUGAAGAUGGACAAGUAUCAAGCAUGAUUACAGUCCCUGUUAGUACUUCAUUAUACCAAAGCGUUUGUCAACAAAUCAGCGAAGGUAGCAUACAGGUUGUCACACCGGUUAUGCAUCAUAUGCCCAAGUCUGAGCCCGGUGGUGGGAUGGAUUCAUCAAAUUGUGAAGUAGAAACCAUUAAUGUGCCACAUCAGUUGGUAGCCAUCACCGGGCAAAAUGGCGAACAAGUGUUGCAGUUGAUCUCAUUAAAAGACAACAAACUGAUCAAUGCUACAGUUGGCGAAAUUAAAGAAGAAGGCGCUAACAUGUCUAAUUCGGACCAAUGAGAACAACUUCAACAUUACCUGUGCUUCGAUGACCUUGGCAAAUAAAUUUUAAAUAAUAUAGGGUAAUGAUUGUCGGUAUUUUUAAUUCUUAAAUGUAUAAUAUAUGUGUGUGCAUGUAAUAUAUUGAUGGUAUAUACUUAUGUAUACACCUUGUUGUUCUGCCCACAAACCUGUGUACAAAAAUAAUAUAUAUUUUUAUCACUUCCAUUCGGUCCAGAUAAUUUACUCUUUAAAAGCAUAGGGUAAAUUAUCUUUUCUAUACAAUUUUUAAAUGUUAUAAUAAUGUAAUUUUGUUCGUGGUUUAAAGUUUCUUAGAAGUUUUUAUUAUACAUUACUCUAGCGUUUGGGAUUUUCUAUUUGUAGAAAAAUAAAAGUUAAUAAAAAAAUACAGUGAAAUACUAUUUUAAGCCUCAUUAAA